CCGGCUUUGGGCUGGGAUAUAGCCUGUAGACGAGACGUACCUGCCUUACCUAAGCUGUGAGGAUGGUGCCCGGAGACCGGAGCUAUCCUUCUCCGGAAAGAGGUUCAAAGCCCAACUCUACUCUGAAGCUCGGGCCCCAGCUUGGAAUGCAAAGGUGUAGGUAAGCAGUCGACGUUGCGAGAGUGGAGCGGCAACAUCCGCGCGACUCAAUAAUUUUCGUGGAUUGGCCGCGCCGGGUCGAAAAUCGCCAGUCGAAUUCAGGGUACCUUUCUCCAGCUUCCACGACUCCCGACGACUCGACGCACCUCAAUCGGCGGUAUACGAGACGACCUCGGUAAUUUGUACACAUUCAGAGCAGCCAUGUCUCUGCGGCCGAGCCUACAGACCGCUUGCCGGGCGCUCGCGCUGCGAUCCCGACCCCUGGCCCAACGACAGGAACCUCUGGUCUGGGCGGCGACGAAACGAGGAUACUCUGACGAGCUGCGCAAGGGCGAACGGAGCCAGAUUCCGGUAUUGAAGAAGACUGAGAACGCGGCUUUCCCUCAGGGUCAGGAGGUCCCAGAGUCCGCGCCGGGACAACAGCAGCCAACAAACGAGGCUCUCGAAGCUGCCGCGGCACUGAGCGAGCUCGCAGAGGCGGCAAAGGGACACAGCGCCGGUCUCCAGGGCGGCCUGACGGAGGCCCAGGAGCAGAUGCUGUACGCCGAGGGCGCCAUCCCGCCUACACAAUCCGACGGCAACGGCCAGCGCGAUCUCGAAAUCAUAGCUAGCGGUGGGCUUCUCGCACAGGCUGGGGACGCCGCCGAGGUCGCCCCGUCACGGUCCUACAAGUUCCCGCUGCCUACGCUCCCUCUGCCGCCCCAUAGCCAUCUCAAGUCUCGGUACCACCCCGUGCUAGACCAGUUGACCAACUUGAUGAUGCGAGAUGGCAAGAAGGCCCAGGCGCAAAGAAAUAUGGCCAUGGUCCUCAACUUCCUGCGAACCUCCCCUCCCCCGAUCAUCAACCCCAAAUACCCGCUCCUCCCCGGCGCCCCGCCGCCGGCGCACCUCCCGCUGAACCCCGUGCUAUACCUCACACUGGCCGUGGACUCCGUGGCGCCCCUCAUCAAGAUCCGCCGCAUCGCGGGCGGAGCCGGUGGUGGUCGACCCCUGGAGCUGCCCGCACCCCUAGCGGUCCGCCAGAGGCGGCGUGCGGCGUUCCAGUGGAUCCUGGACGUGGUCAACAAGAAGCCGUCCAAGGGGUCCGGCCGGACGCAGUUUGCGCACCGCGUGGCGGACGAGCUGAUUGCCGUAACCGAGGGGCGGUCGUCCGUGUGGGAGAAGCGGUUGGCGCUGCACAAGUUGGGUACGGCGACGCGUGCCAACUUGACUGCUAAGCCUGUCAAGCAGAAUAUGUAAAAGGGGGUUGAGGUGUGGGGAGCAGGUUUUGUACGAAGACGAAGAGGGGGAGGGAAAAACAAGAUGCUGUUGAGAGAGAGAUUUGUAGCAAAGCUGUAUAUUGUACUAUAUCAUCCCGCCCAAAUGUCAGUGCUCGAGAGGAGCCUUUCUGUCAAAACUAAUUUGUCGCCAUGAAGAGUGCGUUGGUGGUUCAAGUCUGAAGGGCAUGAUGUGCCAAAAAAGACGGAUUUUGCUCCAACAUUCUGCGAGAGCAUCCGCAUCACUGUGUCAGCGUUGCGCACAUUGCCGACGGCAUCGUCCCCGGCUCAUAGCCCAGUCUCCAGACCCUCUACUGCACCAUUCCUAAGUUGUGACGAGAAUGCCACAUCUCCCAUUGAAACUCUCCCAGGAAGCCAUGCUACCCUUGCAGAACAGACUGAGAAUGGCUCCGGCGAGAAUCCAGGCAAGCACAAGAGGCCUCUCGCCAUCGUGGCCACCGCGUUGCGAAAUGACGACCGGCAUGGUCAAACGGCAGACGUAGACUGCAACACAGCCUCAAUGUACGUGUAGAUAGUGCACUACCAUAUCCCCAAAGGUGUAAUACUUCAGUUUGCCGAAAGGAUAAAAGGCGGGGUCUCAUUGAGGCGAUGAAGACGACAAGAGAAAAAGGCGUCUGUAACUCUCCGGGCCCGAAAAGAUUCCUGUCCUCGAUUUGGCCAUCCGGCAAAGCCACGGUACCGUCAUGCCGGCACCCGGAAAGGUUUCGAGAUGGUCUUUCACGUGAUGGACAGAUGACGUCUUGUCUUGGUGUCUCUUCUCUCUUUUCUUCCCAGAAACCCUCGGGCGGUGCUCUGGUCAUUCCCUACUGCCCGUACUGUACUGGCUGGCCUACCUUUCCGGGGCGGGCGGCUGAAAGAGUCUUGGGAGUGGUGUUCUAAGGUAGGCAAUCGGCGCCGUCCACGGUGAGCAAAUCACCUGCCAAGAAGACGGCCGGUCUUGGCGGCAGACGCCGGCGUCGUCAUCAUGGCACUGUCGGAAGCACUGUGCGGCGAAGCGUCGUGCGUCCUCCCCGCCGCCCGGUAGAUGUGAGUGGAGGCUGAAGGAUACCCUUAUGGGAUGAUACGGAGAGCGAAGCGCAGGACGGGUUGGACGGGGGCGAUGGCGGAG